AGGUUAUUUUUAGUGUCCGGUUGGUUCGUGUUGCAGUGUGGGGAGUCACGAUAGAUAAUUUUCCUCUACAGCCCAACCGGGAGACGCUCACGCCGAGUUACGGAGAAUCCUGGUAGAAUAACGGAUAUAACAGAUACGGGCCCUCCGUGAGCCUAAACCGGUGGAAUAACAAGCCCAGCUGUCCGGUAGGAAUUAAGGGACGACAUUGCCGAGCUUUUCUUAACGGAGAAAGGAUAUUUAAACCCCACGAACGCACCAUAGCCUACUGAAGCCGUUAUCAGAGAUGGCCAGCACCGGGACUGAGCGCGAGGAACCUCACGUUCCCCUGGACGAACUGAGACAUCCCGAGCCUGCAUUCAGAGAGGCGCAGAAGUGGAUCGAGGAGGUGACGGGAAAAGGUUUCGGUGAGAAGGACUUCCGGAGCGGCCUGGAGAACGGGAUCCUGCUCUGCGAGUUACUGUGUUCCAUCAGACCAGGUUUGGUCCAGAAAAUCAACAGACUCCCCUCGCCCAUCGCUGGACUGGUCACUCUGCGUGAGUCUAAGGAGGCGUUGGAGAGUGUUAGUUCUUCGUUGGAUGUUCUUCAUGAGGGAACGUCUCGCCUGGCGCUCCGUCUGACGUAUGAACGGACCUCCCUGUCCAACACCCUGUCUGAUCCGGCCUGCACUAACGGAGCUGUGUCGCGCACCUGCAACAGCAUCCGCAUGACACUCCCACAGCUGGGAAUCAACAGCAACUUCUCUGGGUUACCAGACGUCAGUCCCCAGUUGGCCAGUUUAGAGAUUGUCCUGAAGACAGACCUCAGCAACAUUUUACAGAAGGGUUAUUCAUCCUUCAACGACACCCCCAGACUGGUCCAACAGCAGACUAAGAAUGUAGUAGCAGCUCUGCCUAGAGUGAAGGCCAUGCUGGAUAAAAUAGGAGUAGAGAUUAUAGGUUUCUCUAAGAUGUUCCCAGUGGAAGCAUCUCUGGCCAACUUCACCAUCUUCCUGAGUCAGGGCCAGAAGAACAUGGAGGCCUACUACCCUCAGAUAGACCAGCUGGACUUCUACAGGUGGAUAGGCUGUGUUGCCGUGCUGUGUUCAGUGGUUCUGGUUUUGACCUUUAACUUCCUGGGUCUGUUGUGUGGAACGUGUGGCUACGACAAACAGGCCACGCCCACCACUCGCGGCUGCCUAUCAAACACCGGAGGCAACCUGCUAAUGGCAGGUGUAGGGUUCAGCUUCAUCUUUGCCUGGGUAUUGAUGGGGCUGGUAUCAGCAGGGUUUGUUGUCGGGGGCAACAUUGAGAAGCUGUUCUGUGAACCGCUUGCUAACAGACAACUGUUCAAGAUCAUAGACACUCCCUACAUGGUCCAUCCUGCCAAGAAGAACUUCCUGCCUGGCAUGCUGUUCCAGAACCCUAACAUCAACCUGACUGUAGGAAGCAUGUACCGAGACUGCUAUGAUAACAACGGGCUGUACCAUGCUCUGCAGCUGGAGACAAUGUUCAACAUCAACACCUUCCUCAAAACAACCGUGUUUAACAAGGACCUGGUGAAGGUGUUUGACAGCGUGAGCAUCGACCUCCAGAGCAUUGUGUUAUUGGAGCAGGAUGGACGGGAUAACCUGCUAACCUUCUCUAACGCUGGGAUAGGAGAUAUUAACUAUGCUGCUUACCUAGCAGAGGUGAAUAAAGGUGUAACUCUGGUGGAUCUGCUGUCGUUUUCCAACGAGCUGGAGGCCCAGGCCGACCUUCUGCCGCGGGGAGCUCUAGAGAAUGCUUUGAAGGGUCAUGCCAGCAGCAUACGACAGAUCCACAGAGAACAGGUCGUCCCCAUGGAGCAGGCCAUGAAAUUUGUCCGAGCGCGGAGCACCCUCAGCCAGAGCAUCCGGCUACUGCAGAGGACAGCUAAGGAACUACCUGUGAAGGUGACUAACGUCCUUAGUGCCAUCGACGAAGCAGAGUACCUCAUCACACACAACGCUUCACGCGUGGUAAAACAGGAGAGAGAUGUGUACAUGCAGAGCCUGGUUGGAUACUUCAGACAGUACACAGACUGGGUCAAAAACUCUCUGACAGGGGAGGUGUCUCAGUGUAAGCCCAUCAGUAAUCUCAUUGACUCCAUGGAGAUCGUUGCCUGCAGCUUCAUAGUCGACUCAGUGAACACGUUCUGGUUCGGUCUGGGUGGUUGCUGUGUGUUCCUGGUUCCCAGCAUCAUCCUGUCAGUCAAACUGGCCAAGUACUACAGGAGGAUGGAUACGGAGGAUGUGUUUGAAGAGGGCCAAGAAAACUGGUAGAGAAACAAAGGUGGGAAAGAGAACAAAACUACAACAACCCACAACAGAACUCUGCUGAUCUCCACCCCACAACAACCUGAUUGGAUAAGGACCUUAGCUGCCAGCCAAUUACAGUAGCCCAAAUGAUGCCCUGUACGUUCCAUCGCCCAAUCACAACACUAGUUCUGUCUGACAUCACCGUAGUUUCUGAACCUGUGUGAACGCGUUGGUGGAUUAUUUCUAUAUAUUUGAUUUGAUUUAUCAGAGUUAUUAUAGACAGGUGUUCUGUUUGUUUCUACUCAGCUGGAACCACUGACUCAUCUCAAUGACUUGUACAUUUUAUACGCUUUCAACACCUUUGAAAGUUUUAUAUAUUUUUUAAUAUAAUAUGUUAGCAAGUUAGCGGACGCUAGCUACCAAACCAUGUUAGCAUGUUAGCAGACACUAGCUACCAAACCAUGUUAGUAUGUUAGCAGACACUAGCUACCAAACCAUGUUAGCAUGUUAGCUAGCGGACGCUAGCCGCUUGUUGUUUGACAGAUGUAACAUUUACAUUUACAUUUAAGUCAUUUGGCAGACGCUCUUAUCCAGAGCGACUUACAAAUUGGUGAAUUCACCUAAUGACAUCUAGUGGAACAGCCACUUUACAAUAGUGCAUCUAAAUCAUU